GGUUGACCAAAAGACUUUCAACAUGCGUUUUCUAUUAAUUUCGGCCUGCUUGGUGGCCAUCUGUGCCGCGGGCACAUUGCCCAAGCAACAGCCAAAUCCGCUCGAGCAGCGUCUGCUGCAGUUCGCCAAUGAGAAUGGCGAGAUUGAGCUUUUUGCGGAACCCGAGCAGGGUAUUGAGGUUGAACCACGUUUUGUGGUCUCCUGGCAGGUGCGUCGCAUGAUCCGCAAACUGCAGAAGCAAAUGCCCUGCGGCUGGCCCGACCUCGGCAUACCUCCAUUGGCGCCGAUUCGCGUUAACGAGGCUGACCUGAAUCUAAAACGCGGCAUCUUCGAGACCAUUACUCAUUUGUUCCGUCUUAAGAUCGCCGGUCUGGAUGAAUUCAAGAUCAAAAAAUUCAAACUGAAUAUCAUCACAUCGAAGAUCACCUUCGAUUUCCUGUUCAGUAACAUUGAUACGACCGUCCAGAAGUACGAUACCGACACUUUGAUCGAUGCAAUGCGUCAGUUGGGCUUGUCCGUGGAGUAUGAGGGCGACGGCUCGGUGCUCUUCGAUCUGAUUAAUUUGCGUGUCAGCGGAACAUUGAAAUACAAGCUGCCAGUUCUGUGGGGAUCUGCUAAGAUUCUAUCCCUGAAGACCAACAUCGAGCUGGAAGCUGUGGAUUCGGACAUAAGCGGCUUCAUGGGCAAUGGCAAGAUCAAUCGUGCCGUCAAUCGCCAGAUUGAGAAUCUGCUGGUCAAGGGCAUCAGUGAGAAUCAGCAGGCCAUUUCCGAUACCAUUGAGGAUACGCUGGUGCCACGCGUCAACAAAGUACUGAAGGGCAAGGAUUUCUGGACCCUGGUCGAUUUGAUUCUCUCCAGCAGCGAAAACGAGAAUGAGGAUGAUCCAAUUGUUGUCGAUUGUGUGCCACCAGCAGAUCCCUGGGCUUUUCUUAAUCUUCUUGUGGACACCUGUCAGCUCCUAACAUUUUCGGUUAGUUUCCUAAAAGUUCUCAACAUGCGCUGUUCGUAUUUUGUACUUGCUGCUGUUCUCUGCUGCUCCUUGUGCGCCGGUCGUACGCUCUUCGAUGAUGACCUACGUGAGUUUACGGAGUUUCUGCGUCUUCAGAUGCAUUGUGGCUAUCCAGAGCGUGGUAUACCCAUCCUGGCGCCCGCUCAGUUGGCCUAUAAGGAGCUAGAUAUCCAUACGGAUAGCUUUAGUUGCAAAGGCAACUUUACCGAUCUCUCUGUGGUGGGUCUGGAUGGUUUCGAGUUCUUUCAACUACAAUGGAAUAAUAUUUUUCACACCAUCAAAUUCGACGUGAGCUUUCCGAGCAUACAGCUGAAGAGUGCCGCCUACAAGUUGGAUCUUUUGGGUCGCAUCUUUGGCGCCAACACCUCCUUGGGAUGCAAUGGUCGCUUUGAUCUGGAGCUAAUCAAUCUGCGCGCCAAUGGCAGCUUUGUGCUACGUCCCUCGGGUCUGACGAAUGGUGUGCACAUCACCAGCUGGAAUGUCGGCUGGCAGCUGGGCAAAGCCGUUUCCCAAACCACGGGCAUUGGGAGCACUCAAAUUGUUACCAAGAUUUUAAAUGCCAUCAUCCAAGAUUUUCUCGAGCUGCUCAUCAAUGAUAACCCACAAGAGGUGUCCCAGUUUAUGGAGCAAUUGAUUACACCGCCCAUGAAUACGGUGCUUGAGAAUGUGGCCUGGUACGAGAUAACAGCCAUUAUAUUGGGCCUGGUCAAGGGCGUAUUACCCCUUGAGCCUAUUUGCUGAUAUCGGCAAGUUUCUCUCUUGUUUCGACUUAUUUUUGUUUAAUAAAGUGCUGAAGAACUGAAGCUUA